ACAAGUCUCCCUUGUAUCAAUCAAUAUACGUCAUUUGCUUCUUCGUACCCUUUCUCUCUAUAUUUAUAACUGUUUAGCCUCACUCUUCCCUAUUAUUCAGUGAGGUUUUGAUUUCUCAGUGUCGCACUCUGUUUUCUCUGUUUAUUCAAGUCUAACCGCCAGCCCACAACAAUGCCGCCUCUGCCACUAGACCCGGACGAGGUGCUGCAGCCGGACGAGGUGAUGACCGAUCCUAUUUCAGAUGCUCCCGAGAUGGAAGGUAUAGUUUCAGAUGCUCCCGAGGUGGAAGGUGUAGUUUCAGAUGCUCCCGAGAUGGAAGAAAGCUGGAGUUCUGCUGAAGCACAAACUAUGGAUAGUCUGUCAUCAGGGAGGUUCACAUGGACUAUUAAGAAUUUUUCAACGCUCACUAAGAAAAUAUAUUCUGAAGUUUUCUAUGUUGGAGGUCAUAAAUGGAAGAUACUCUUAUUUCCAAAGGGGAAUAGUGUUGAUCAUUUAUCACUGUAUCUAGAUGUUGCUGAUUCAAUGAUGUUGGCUCCUGGAUGGAGCAGAUUUGCCCAGUUUUGCUUGACUGUUGUUAAUCAAUUCAAUACUCAAUACUCUUUCAGAAAAGAAUCACAGCAUCUAUUUAAUGCCCGUGAGAGUGACUGGGGUUUCACUAAUUUCAUGCCUCUUGCUGAAUUAUGUGAUCCUAGUCGAGGUUAUUGUGUUAAUGAUACAUGCAUAGUUGAAGCUGAUGUUGCUAUUCGUAAGGUUCUUGAUUACUGGUCACAUGACUCAAAAAAGGAAACUGGUUAUGUUGGACUUAAAAACCAAGGAGCUACUUGUUACAUGAAUUCACUUCUUCAGACACUGUAUCACAUUCCUUACUUUAGAAAGGCUUUGUACCACAUGCCUACAACUGAGCAUCAUGACAUGCCAUCAAGGAGCAUUCCACUAGCAUUGCAGAGCUUAUUCUACAAGUUGCAGCAUAAUUACACUAGUGUAUCUACAAAAGAGUUAACCAAGUCAUUCGGAUGGGAUACACAUGAUUCAUUCUUGCAGCAUGAUGUCCAAGAACUUAAUAGAGUUCUUUGUGAAAAGUUAGAAAACAAAAUGAAGGGAACUGUUGUUGAAGGCACCAUACAGAAGCUGUUUGAAGGCCACCACAUGAACUAUAUUGAUUGCAUCAAUGUUGACUACAAAUCAAUGAGAGAAGAAUCAUUCUAUGAUCUUCAGCUUGAUGUCAAAGGAUGUAAGAACGUAUAUGAUUCUUUUGACAAAUAUGUUGAAGUAGAACAGCUUGAAGGUGAUAACAAGUAUCAUGCUGAGUGGCAUGGUUUACAGGAGGCUAGGAAGGGUGUUUUGUUCGUUGAUUUUCCUCCUGUUCUUCAGCUGCAACUAAAACGGUUUGAAUAUGAUUUUAUGCGAGAUUCCAUGGUAAAGAUCAAUGACUACUAUGAGUUCCCCCUGCAACUAGAUCUUGAUAGGGACAAUGGCAAGUAUCUAUCUCCGAAAGCAAAUAGAAGCAUUCGCAACCUUUAUACUCUUCACAGUGUUUUGGUUCACAGUGGUGGGGUUCAUGGAGGACACUAUUAUGCUUAUAUUAGGCCAACUCUAUCAGAUCAGUGGUUUAAAUUUGAUGAUGAACGGGUAACAAAAGAAGAUUCAAAGAGGGCAAUAGAAGAACAGUAUGGUGGUGAAGAAGAGUUACCUCAUAUCAACCCUGGGUUCAACAACUCUCCCUUCAAAUUUACAAAGUACUCAAAUGCAUAUAUGCUUGUUUAUAUUCGUGACAGUGACAAGGAUAAGAUAAUUUGUAACGUGGAUGAGAAGGACAUUGCCCAACACCUAAGAGCUAGAUUAAAGAAAGAACAAGAAGAAAAAGAGAAGAAGAGGAAGGAAAAGGCAGAGGCUCAUUUAUACACCGUCAUAAAGAUUGCACGUGAGGAAGAUAUGUGUACACAGAUUGGAAAGGACAUAUUCUUUGAUCUAGUUGAUCAUGAUAAAGUAUGGAGUUUUCGCAUUAAAAAACAAAUGCCAUUUAUGUUGGUUAAGGAAGAAGUUGCUAGAGAGUUUCAUAUACCUGUCCCAUUUCAACGAUUUUGGCUAUGGGCAAGGCGGCAAAAUUAUACAUACCGGCUAAAUAGACCAUUGACGUCUAGUGAGGAAACUGGGUUGGUUGGAGAGUUGACAGAAGUUUCCAUUAAUGGAAAUAAUGCAGAGCUGACAUUAUUUUUGGAAUUUGGAAUAAAUCCGGGUUUUGGGUUUUGUCCUCCUCCCGUGAAGACAAAAGAAGAUUUGUUGCUAUUCUUUAAAGUUUAUGAUCCCUCUCAGGAAAAGCUGCGGUAUGUUGGGAGUCUUUAUGUCAAAGGUAGUGGGAAGCCAUUGGAUAUAUUGUCUACACUAAAACGAAUGGCAGGAUUUGCUGUUGAUGAAGAAAUUGAACUAUUUGAGGAAAUUAAAUUUGAACCUCGUGUCAUGUGUGAACAUGUUGACAGGAAUAAGACUUAUCGUGACAAUCAGCUUGAGGAUGGUGAUAUUAUUUGCUACCAGAAAUUCCCCAAAGCUGGAAGUGGGGAGCAGCUUUGCUGUCCCAACAACGUUUAUUCAUUCUUAGAAUAUGUGCAUAACCGACAGGUUGUCCGCUUCCGAUUUUUGGAGAAACCCAAAGUGGAUGAAUUCAGUCUUGAGCUGUCAAAGCUUCACACAUACGAUGAUGUUGUUAUGAAGGUUGCUCAACAUCUUGGCUUGAGUGAUUCUUCUAAAAUCAGACUUACGUCUCACAACUGCUACUCCCAACAACCUAAAGCACAGCCUAUAAAGUAUCAAGGAGUUGAAAAUUUGUCUGACAUGCUGAUUCACCUCAAUCAGAUUUCUGAUAUACUGUACUAUGAAAUAUUGGAUAUCCCUCUGCCAGAAUUGCAAUGCAUAAAAACUCUUAAAAUUGCUUUCCAUGUUGCUAAGAAAGAUGAAGUGGUCCUUUCUACUGUUAGAUUACCAAAACAGAGUACAGUGGAAGAUGUACUGAAUGAUAUUAAGUCAAAGGUGGAUUUAUCUCAUCCUGAUGCACAACUAAGAUUGCUUGAAGUUUUCUAUCACAAGAUAUACAAGAUUUUCUCGCCGAGUGAGACAAUUGAGAAUAUUAGUGAUGAAUAUUGGAAGUUAAGAGCAGAGGAGAUUCCUGAAGAAGAGAGAAUUCUUGGUCCUCUUGAUCUGUUGAUUCAUGUUUAUCAUUUCUUUGAAGACACUUCUCAUAAGUAUUUGAAAAUUCAGAAUUUUGGGGAUCCUUUUCUAUUUGUUAUCCGUGGGGGUGAGACAUUAGCUGAUGUCAAAUUGCGGAUACAGAAAAAGCUUCAAGUUCCAGAUGCGGAGUUUUCAAGCUGGAAGUUUGCAUUUGUGUUACAUGGUCGUCCUGAAUACCUACAAGAUUCUGAUAUUGUCUGUGCUCGGUUUCAGAGAAGGGAUAUUUUUGGUUCUUGGGAGCAAUAUCUUGGUCUGGAACACACUGUCAAUGCUCCAAAAAGGUCUUACGCAGUUAACCAGGUUCCAGCUGUCUACAACGAUCAUUUCUCAAAUAUCCAGAACCGUCACGCAAUUGAGAAGCCUGUAAAAAUCUACAACUAAUCAAUCUAUGAAUCAGUAUAUAACACCUUAUGGCAGUGACACUUACAGUUUUAUGAAGUGAUGACAGAAGUGUAGAUUCAAUCUUUGUCAAUUUGUAGCUUCAUCAUUACUUAGGGGGAUAGGUGUAUAGCUUGAUCUGUCUUUCCUGGUAGUUAAAACUCAAUAACUCCUCGUCUCUUUGGUUUUAAUUCCUUUGUAAAUAAUAAAUAAUAAGAUUUUGGGUUGGAUUUUUGUCUUUGAAUUA